UUGCAAGAUAUAAAAUUGGAAAAAUCUGUCGUGUCCUGGGCAGAUAUCGGCGGUUUGCAUGAAACCCGUCGAAUACUUCGUGAAACUUUAGAAUGGCCAACAAAGUAUGGUCCUAUAUUUGCUCAAUCGCCACUGCGGCUUCGAUCUGGGCUUCUUCUAUUUGGGUAUCCUGGAUGCGGCAAGACUCUCCUUGCUUCAGCAAUAGCGAAAGAACGCGGUGUAAACUUCAUUGGCAUUAAAGGUCCUGAAAUCCUGAACAAGUACAUCGGUGCUAGUGAGCAGACUGUGAGAGACAUCUUCGAACGUGCUAGUUCCGCGAAACCCUGUGUGCUCUUUUUCGACGAGUUUGAUUCCAUUGCUCCGAAGAGAGGUCACGAUAGCACUGGUGUAACAGACCGAGUAGUCAAUCAGAUGCUAACGCAGAUGGAUGGCGCGGAAGGCCUCGAUGGUGUUUACGUUCUCGCUGCCACUAGUCGACCAGAUCUCAUAGAUUCCGCCCUUCUUCGGCCAGGUCGAUUGGAUAAAUAUCUUCUCUGCAACAUGCCGGACGUCGGUGAACGCAAAGACAUUUUAGAAGCUGUCAGGCGCAAGGUUUCCCUUGCACCCUCGGUUGACCUCGAUGAAAUUGAGCAAGCUACCGAAGGAUUUUCUGGUGCUGACUUGCAAGCUCUGAUAUACAAUGCUCAUCUUGAGGUCGUCAAUGCUGUGAUUGUGUCCUCUCCUUCGGGAAAAGAUACUGUCCCAACUGAAUAAACGGGCAAUAAGAUACACCACCAUUGAUGGACACUCGAAGAUUAUUAGAAGCAAAGCUGAAGAAUCAGCGCUUCAAAGAAAAGUCUGUUGCAUCCUUUCUCGUCGACAAAUUCUGUUUGAAUAUCGCAAUAGCUUCAACAAAUACAGGCUGCAAGCCAACCGAUACAAGAACGGGUUGAUGACCCAGCAAAUCAUGCAAGAUCACAUCCGCCAUGUCCUCAAGACGAUCAAGCCUUCUGUUUCUACAGAAGAGCGACAACGCUUGGAUAAG